GGGCAUGUGACCACCUGGUGUCAGCUGCUGUUGACAUGACAGUUCCUGCUCUGCUGUCUUUGUACUCUUUAUUUUGAUGAGUGAAAUUGAAUGUUUUGAUAUUAAAUGUCUCCUUAGCGAGCUGUGUAACCCUCCGCUGGAUUAAAUAGUCCUCAGUCUAACGCGUAAAGAUGUUGGAGGCGGCUCCUCGGAUGGAGAAGGACUCCAUAGAGGUGUGUGUGAUCCCGGAGAACCAGCACUGUGGAAAGGUCGCGGACGUCCUCAAAGCCGAGCUGGCUCCUGGGGGCUCCCUGCUCGGGUGUCUGGAGGUCCAGGGCCGGCUAGUGGUGUGGGACCCGGCCGACAGAGAGGCCCCUCCGGCCGCAGUGGACGGCUGCUACACGGACUUCGUCUGGGAGGAGGUGGUUGUCCACGGGCGUGGCGUCAGCAGCUUCAGACUGCUGAGUGUCGGGUCUCAGUUUGAUCUGAAGCUUCUGGAGGCGGAAGCAGAACGAUCGACCUCGGUCUCUCUGCUCUGUGUGUGUGAAUGUCCUGCAGACCGCCUGCUGCAGACCGCCAGAGAGCACGACCACGGUGUGUGUGAGCUGCAGUCGGUGCAGAUUUUGUCGUUUGCUGCGGGUCGCUGCUGCCUGCUGCUGAACUCUGAUUGGCUGCUGCAGCUGCAGUGUCAUCAGACGGAGGAGGAGCUGCAGACGUUAUCCUGCUGCAGAAUCCAGACAGACAGAGACGGACCCACAGCUGUCCAUCACUGUGUCUGCAGAGAAACCCUGUUCAUCCUGAGCAGCACGGGAAUCAUAUCUGUGUGUGACCUCACCGAUGGCCGCCUGCUGGCCACCGUCGACCUCCCGGCUUACCUGAGCUCUGGCGCUGCAGAGGACGACCUCAUCUCCUCCUUCUCCUCGCUCUCCUCCUCUUCAUGCUUCUGCCUACUCCAGGUGUCAGCUGAUCUCAGCACAGCUGUAGCCGUCACUCAGACUCACACGGCCGUCGCCGUUGACCUCGGCCACUACUUCAGGAUGUAUCCGGACCACCUACUGUGUCCUGCCCCCCUCUCUCGCCCUCCUCUCAGGCCCCAGCACCCCUGGGACCAGGACAGCUUGUCGAGCUCCGACUGCAGCCUCUCCGCCCUCGGAUCAGACUUCAGUGCUGACCGCUCCUGGGAGGCUCGUCUGGCCUCCAUGCACAGCAGAGCCCAGCAGGUAGUAGCUCCCUCUCCCUCCUCCUCCCCCCUCCACCCUGUUGGCAGCUCCUGGUCCUCCUCCCUCCCCCACCUGAAGUCCCACCCGGCUCCGUCCUCGGGCCACAGCAGAGCGCCUCCUGGUGGGAUUACGGCCGAUUUAUCCGUCGCCGAGUCGUCCUCUCCGUCUCUGCUGACCGUGACAGAGUUCUCUGCCCAGCUGACCUUCGUCUCACCUGGGAACAGACAGACCACAGUGGUCUUAUGGGAUUUAGAGUCCAGGAGUGUGAGCUACCACAAGGCGGAGGGCGAGGCGGCCCCAAUCGAGCACUGUGGAGAGAGACAGCACAGACUGCUGCUGAAGAAGGCCGGCGUGUUCCUCGUCUUGUUCUCGGUCUCUCAGCAGGAUUUGCUCAGCAGGCUGAUGUUGUUCGGCAGUGCCGCAACUGUGGACGCAGUGUGUCACCUGAACAGCUGGGGGCGCUGCUCCAUCCCCAUCCACGCUCUGCAGGCUGGACUGAAGAACCGUCAGCUGGACACGGUGGAUUUCUACCUGAAGAGUAAAGAAAACAUCCUGAACCCUGCAGCCGAUCAGCCAGCCACCUCCACGCUGAGCCUGACGGACUGUGUGCAGCAGUUGUGUCCCGCGUUGGACCUCCUGUGUUCAGCCGUCAGAGAUUCAAACAGCGAAGCUCAGAGCAGACAGUUCUCUGAACAGCUGCUCAACAUCACAUUGAGCUUCGUCAACACACAGAUCCGCUCUGUCCUGUCUAACACACACUACGAGGACGCCGGCGUGCAGAGCUGCGUGGACAUUCUGGAUCGUUAUGUCACAGAACUGAGGGGCUACAUGAAGAGAUUCCCGUGGCCUGCAGGGGGUGACACCUCCAGUACCCACUCCGCUGAUCCGGCUCAGGAGGAGGCACCGAGAGACGAAUGGGAGCUGCUGUCCACAGAGGAAGUGGUCCGUGAGUCCAUCCUGACCAAUCAGAUCCCCCGAGCCCAGGUCGCCUUGCGGAGGCACGGCCGUCCGGAGCAGCGUCUGUCAGCUCUGAAGAUGGAGGGUCUACGUCAGGUGUUCUCCUGCCUGCAGCACCAAGACCUGCAGACCGCCAACACACUGCUCACCAACAUGGGUUUCAGUGUGAAGAAGCAGCUGCACAGUAUCUGUCUCUACACCGACGACAAGCACCUCCGAGAGUUUGUGGUGGAGGAGCUGUCAGGGCGGAGUUAUUUUCCAGCAGAGGAGAUGCAGAGUGUGGAGUUCAUAAGAGAGAUGGAGAAGUUGGGUCACUGCCUGCAACCCGCUGCUCUGCAAAAAACACAACAAACAGGGCAGUUCAGAUGGUGUGUAGGGGGGGCAGGCAGAGGUGAGGAGGUCCUGAAGGAGCUGGUGAGACAGAGGAGGUCUGAGGAGGAGGGGGGGCUCUGGAGGAACCUCAGACUGGACUGGGUGAGAAACUGGGACCAGAGCUGUCAGACCGCCGUCCUCCUGUCCAGACUGAAACACCAAGAGCUGCCUUCCUGUGAGUCAGCCGUGUUGUGGCGUUACCUGACCGCCCUCCACGACCAGCGCCGGGUGGUCGACUGGAUCCAGAACAGCAGCUCCUCCAGCGCCUCCCAGUGGCCGGAGAUAACCCCGGAACUGGUUAAUAAUAACACGGUGUGCAGCUCGUACAUGAGGGAGAACAUCCUGGACCUGCUGGCCAGGAGAGCUCUGUUCAUCCCGGAUGAGCUGUCUGAUCUGGAGCUUCUGCUGUGGAGGCUGGCUCAGGGGGGGGGCGUGAUGUCCGCCUCUCCCCCCAUCCCUCACCACCGCUCCCCCCUCGGCCUGGACCUGCACAGCCUCUUCAUCACCUUCUGCCUGGAGCACGGCCUGCAGUACUUGCUCUAUUCCUACCUGGAGCACUACAGGUUGACGCCCAGAAACUGCCCCCUGUUGACCAAUCAGAGCCUCUCUGGGAGUCAGCCGUGGUUUGAGAUGCUCGUGAAGAUCCAGGAGAUCACCAGAGAUCUGUCAGAUCCAGGUUUGGUGUUUCAGGCAUCUCUAACCAGUGCUCAGGUUCUGUUACCGGGCAGCCAGGCGUCUCUGAGCAGUCUGCUGUUAGAGGGACACAGUCUGCUCGCUCUGGCUGCCGUCAUGUUUGCACCUGGAGGAAUCGACCAGGUGGUUGUUCAGGGUGAAAGGUUGGGCAGAUCAGAGAGGACUGUUGACCCUCAGCUCCUGAAGAUGGCGCUGGCCCCUCAUCCCAAACUCAGAGCCGCCCUGUUCCCUGCCGGGCCCCGAGGAAACAGCCCGUCCUCUGACAUCUCCGUCUACCACCUGCUGCAGUCGCUCCAUCCUCUGGACCCAUCCAGGCUGUUCGGCUGGCAGGCAGCGAACACGCUCAACUCCACAGACACGACAGAGCUGCCUCAUUUCUCCAGCCCUCACCUGGUCAACAGGUACGCUCUGGUGGAGAAUCUCGACUUCCUGUAUUACCUGCGUCAUGGCCGACCGUCCUUUGCGUACGCCACCUUCCUCGUGCAGCAGCUGAGCGGCUGCUGUGACGUCAAGCUUCUGCUGAAGCAGGUGUGGCUGCAGGUGUACCAGUUGGCCCUGCAGUGUUUCGAUGUCCCGUCUGUGGCGUCUGCGUGCGUUUGUUUCUGUGAGCUGCUGGGAGUCUGCAGCCUCACGAUGAGGGUCGACAUCAGAGCCAUGAACGCCAUCCUGCAGCACUGGAACCAAUGCAACACACACUGUGCUGCCACGCAGCAGCUACACACUCUGGGUGGUAAGAUGGCGGAGGCGGAGCCUGAAGCCGCAGACGAGCUGAUUGGCUGCCUGGAGGCUGCAGUGACUCACAUUCUGGAGCAGAAAAGCGUCGUCAGGUCAUCCUACGAGGCGGCUCAGGAGUGGGCGUUACCCGUUCAGUUCUGUCAGCUCCACAGUCUGAAGCUCAGCUCGGUUUACCCCUCCCACUGCGCUGCUGACGGACAGUUCAUCCACUUCCUGUUGUUUGUUCAGCUUCACAACUUCCCGCCUGAACAGGUGAGGUCAUUAGCAUCUGAGUUCGGCCCUGCCCUCCAGGCCCACCUGAGUCUGGCCUUUCAGGACCUGCAGGUGUACAGUCAGAGGAGGAGUGAGGGCUCUCAGGACCAGCUGACGGGGUUUGUGAGCGCAGAGAGGGCAUCUGGGAGCUCGGAGCACCCCAGGGAGCUGUUCCAGGUCCUCCUGCAGAGCCAGGAGGAGGAGGCGCCCUACAGGUACCUGCUGCAGGAGGCGCUGGUGCAACGCUGUCCGACACUGGCUGUACUUGCUGCAUGUCAACAGGAGGCCGGGCUGCUGCCAUGCAUGUGCGUGUGGGUGCUGACAUCGGUCGAUGAUGCCACAGCUGAUGAAGCCACCUCCCACCUGGACGAAGCCCCGCAGCACCAUGAGUGGACCCUGCAUGACCUGUCAAUCAUCUGGAGGACUCUGCUGGGGCGGGGCCACGUCAGGCCCCUCCUACGGGGCUUCCAGCUCUUCCAGAGGGACUGUCCUCUGGUGUUGGUGCUGAUGAUGUUUGAGUUGUGUUAUGACUACAGAAACUUCUCUGAGGCCAAAGCCAAACUGCUGGACUUCCAGAGGACCCUCAUCGCUCUCAGAAACGCCGGCCCAGCGACCUCUGGUGAACUCCCGCUGCAGUGGGUGGAAAGUCAGGCCUCGGUGCUGCUCCUCACCAUGCUGCAGCACUGCUCCUCCCAGUACGACCUCCACAGGCUGCUGCAGCUCCUCGCCGACGUCGACAAACUCCUCAAAUCCAAUGGUCCAGACUUCAGGAAGCUGAGUCAGCUGAGUCAGCUCCUUCAGGGCUCAGAGGUCAGCGUGUCUCUGCGGCUGCUGCAGUGCAGUUCUCCUUCCGUCCAGCAGGAGGAGUUCCAGGCUGCAGUGGAUGCUCUGCAGGCCAGGGGGCGCUACAGCCAGGCCCGUCAGGUCGCCCUGCUAGCCGGACUGGCCGUCCACCGCCUGCUGCUCAGCCAGCUCCUCCAGGAGGUGAGCUCCCAGAAGUCCAAGCGGCAGUGGAGACGUUUGGACACUCGAGUCAGUUUCUGGAGGAGAUGUAACGAUCAGCUGAAGGCGGACAGCACUGAUCCUGAAUCAGCCUCUCAGUUCUUCCUGUCUCAGGCGGAAACUGACCCUGCAGACUCGUCCGAGGCUCAGAGCGAGCUGCUGGACGUCCAGGAGCGCUGCCUGCUGCUCUGCCUCGCCGCGCACUGGCUCUCUCUGCUCCGCCCACUUCCUGUGGACAGACUGAAGGCUCUGGAGAAGAAGCUGUGGGUGAGCCAGGUCAGACGACGCGUCCUCUCCGUCACCAUCGAGAAGGAGAGCGUCUUCAACCUGCCGCCGCCCGCCAUCACGCCUGAAAUGAACACGUACGUGGUGCUCAUGAAGGAGAUCUCCUUCUCCAACAUCUCAGGUCUGAACACGGAGGAGUGUCUGAGCGUGGACGGACUCCCUGGACCUCCUGACGAGCAGGAGGAGCUGAACGUCGACCAGGCGCUGAGUCCAGAGGAGAGGAAGGUUCUGGCUGCUCUGAUUGGUCAGUUAUUAGAUGAAGGAAGUAUCCAUGAAGCCAGCCGGGUCUGCCGCUACUUCUCCCUGCAUCACCCGGACAUGUGGGUGGUGCUGCGCUGCCGGGGUCUAGCCUCGGGAGAACCGAACCCUGAAGCACCAGAGGAGGCGUCGGAGGCUCCGCCCAAGAAGAGCAUCACCAGCUCUGCCUCCAUCAACAGCCUCUCCUCCUUUGUCGUGGUCCCACUCCCCGAGGACGAGGUGGUCGUCCAGCUCCAGAAGCUCGUUGAUCAGUGUCGACAUGGAAAACACUACUGUAAACAAGUCCUCAACCUCUACCAGCUGUCCAAGGAGCUGCAGUGCUCGUUCGGUCAGAUCUGUGGGGAAGAACCUCGCUCGGUGCUGGAGAAGCUGCUGCUUUCGGAGCAGCCCGAGCGUUUCAGGAAGGCUCAGGCCUUCAUCAGAGCUCAGGGUCUGUCUGCGUACUCUGUGGCCCAGCUCGUCUCCUCCGCUGUGGUGCAGGCGCUGCUGGCCUCCACGCAGGAGCUGCAGCCAGCAGAGAGGCAGGUUUUCCGGCCCGCAGAGGGGCGGGACUCUCUGGUCCAGCUCAUCAAACUGUGUGAAGAUCCAAACCUGGUGGGGCUCAAACUGCUGGAGAACCUCAACAGUGUUCCUCUGAGAGACUUCAACUGCAUCGUGGAGCUGCUGAUCGUGGCUCACGACUGUUUCAGUCUCACCUGUAACAUGGAGGGGAUCGUCAGAGUUCUGCAAGCUGCCCGUCACCUCAGCCACACCCACCUCUCCCCCGGGGAGCACUACAGCCUGCUGGUGCGUCUGCUGACAGGUAUCGGCAGGUACAAUGAAAUGACUUACAUCUUCGACCUGCUGCAUCAGAACCAUCGCUUCGAGAUGCUGCUGAGAAAGAAAGUGGACACGGACAGAGGACAGAGCUCCAGCCUGAAGACAGCUCUGCUGGAUUACAUAAAGCGCUGCCUCCCUGCGGACAGCGAGAAGCACAACAUGGUGGCGCUGUGUUUCAGCAUGAGGAGGGAGAUUGGAGAGAACCACGAGAUGGCGGCUAGAACGCAGCUCAAGAUCAUCGAGUCUCAGCCCUGGGUCGUGACUCCGGACCUGAAGAGCUCGCUGGUCAAAGUGUUGGGUCUGCUGAAGGACGCUGCAGAGAGCUUCUCCAAGGACUCGUGUGUGCGUCAGGCCGCUCGUUGUGUUCGCACAGCUAAGCUCGUCGCUCUUCAGCUGCACUUCCUGAACCGUGGGUUAGACGUGCGUGUCGUCAACCUGUGCCCUGCAGAGAUGCUGAACGCCGUCAUGGCUCUGCCCCGAUGCUACCAGGUGUUUGUGGUGUCCGAGGCGUACAGCUACAGUCCGGACUGGGCAGAGAUUCUGUACCAGAAGGUGAUCCUGAAAGGAGACUUUGUUUACCUGGAGGAGCUCAAACGCCACCGACCUCUGACCUCCAGCCUCUUUGAAGACAUUUUCAAAAAGCUGGACGCUGCUCCCAGUAACUCCACCGUCAACGUGAAGCGCCUGCUGACGCACUGUGACGACGUGUACAGCCGCUACCGACUGGCCUAUCAGCAGAAUCUGUUUGAUGUCACCAAAACGCUGCUGCAGGACGCCAAGACGUCCAGCUACCUGAACGACAGGCUGGCCAGCUGAUCGACUGCUUUAGUGACCGACUGACCUGCUGUACGUUCUUUGGAUGGACCGAUCUCGUCAUGGGGAUGAAAGAAACUAAAACUGAUAUGUACAAAACUUGUUUAUAAAAAAUAUGUGAGAAAAACUUUGUCUGUCGUCACCUCUCCUUAGAGCAGAAGAAUUCAAAUCAAGUAGAAUGAGUUUAUUCUAACAAGUUGCUUUAGAAGAAUUGUUUUCUAUGAAUUAAGGACAAAAUGUUACCAUGGUGAUAUCAUGACCCUGUAAAAAAAAAAAAGUUAUUAAAGACACUUUCUGAA